GGCGGGCGGCGGGUGGCGGGCGGGAGUGGGGGGAGCGAUCGGUCGGGCUCGAGUCGGUCAGCCCGGCGACCGCCCGGCCCUCAGCCCCGCCUUCUGCGUCUCGGCCGGACGCGGCUGCAUUCGGAUCCGCCGCCGCUGGGCGCUGCGGCCGCCCCGCCCGCCGCGCGCUCCGCCCAGCCCCCGCCGCCGCUGCCAGGGCGGUCGGUCAGUCAGUCAGUCACGGAGCGCGCGGCGCGGGAGCUGCGGACCCUCGCGGCGUCUCCGGAGAAGGAGCGCCGCGCCUGGGGAGGAGGCGGCGGCGGCGGCGGCUGCCCAGCCCGGGGCCGCCCCGGAGCCGGGCCCGCCGGAGGACCGAGCCGUUGCCACGAUGGAGCAGCUGUCAGAUGAAGAAAUUGACCAUGGCGCUGAAGAAGACAGUGACAAGGAAGAUCAGGACCUGGACAAAAUGUUUGGAGCCUGGCUGGGGGAGCUAGACAAACUCACUCAGAGUUUGGAUUCUGACAAGCCCACGGAACCAAUACAAAGAUCUCCUCUUCGCCAGGAAACAAACAUGGCCAAUUUUUCUUAUCGCUUCUCCAUAUACAACUUGAAUGAAGCUCUGAAUCAGGGAGAAACUGUGGAUCUGGAUGCCCUAAUGGCCGAUCUUUGCUCAAUAGAGCAGGAGCUCAGCAGUAUUGGUGCAGGAAAUAGUAAGCGUCAAAUCACAGAAACAAAAGCCACUCAGAAGUUACCUGCCAGCCGACAUACAUCAAAACAUGGCACCUUGAAAGGAUUGUCUUCUUCGUCUAAUAGGAUAACUAAACCCUCUCCUGCCAACUACUCUCUGGAUGACAUCACUGCACAGUUAGAACAGGCCUCCUUGAGCAUGGAUGAGGCUGCUCAGCAGUCUGUGCUGGAAGACGCUAAGCCCUCAGUAACUAAUCAGCACAGGAGAACAGCGUCGGCGGGCACAGUGAGUGAUGCCGAAGCGCGCUCUGUUAGCAACUCCUCUCGUUCAAGCAUCGCUUCUGCAGCCUCUAGCAUGGACUCUUUGGAUAUUGAUAAAGUAACACGCCCUCAAGAACUGGAUUUGACACAUCAGGGGCAGCCAAUUACUGAGCAUGCUAUUUCUCUGAGAUGUCCCAGCAAGCAGGCCAAGCGUCAAAUUGACUUCACAGAAGAACAGGCUGAGCUGACACCUCACUCCUAUCUGGACAGGGAAACCUCCCUUCUUCUGAGAAACAUUGCAGGAAAACCUUCUCAUUUGCUGACCAAGGAAGAACAGGCAGCAAAAUUGAAAGCUGAGAAGAUCAGAGUUGCCCUAGAGAAAAUUAAAGAGGCACAAGUGAAAAAGCUGGUGAUUAGAGUCCACAUGUCUGACGAUAGUUCUAAAACAAUGAUGGUGGAUGAGAGGCAGACGGUGAGACAAGUGCUGGAUAACCUGAUGGACAAAUCUCACUGCGGUUAUAGUUUAGACUGGUCUCUGGUGGAAACCGUCUCUGAGUUACAAAUGGAGAGAAUCUUUGAAGACCAUGAAAACUUGGUUGAAAAUCUUCUUAAUUGGACAAGAGAUAGCCAAAACAAGCUUAUAUUUAUGGAGCGUAUAGAAAAAUAUGCACUUUUCAAAAACCCACAGAAUUAUCUUCUGGGAAAAAAGGAAACAGCUGAGAUGGCAGAUAGAAACAAAGAAGUGCUGUUGGAGGAGUGUUUUUGUGGAAGUUCUGUAACUGUACCAGAAAUUGAGGGAGUCCUUUGGUUGAAAGAUGAUGGCAAGAAGUCCUGGAAAAAGCGUUAUUUUCUCUUGCGAGCAUCUGGUAUCUACUAUGUCCCUAAAGGAAAAGCAAAGGUGUCUCGGGAUCUGGUGUGCUUUCUCCAGCUGGAUCACGUCAAUGUUUACUAUGGACAGGAUUAUCGGAACAAAUACAAAGCACCUACAGACUACUGUCUGGUGCUCAAGCACCCACAGAUCCAGAAGAAAUCUCAGUACAUCAAAUACCUUUGUUGUGAUGACGUGAGGACCCUGCAUCAGUGGGUCAAUGGUAUCCGCAUCGCAAAGUACGGGAAGCAGCUCUACAUGAACUAUCAAGAGGCCUUGAAGAGGACAGAAUCGGCUUAUGAUUGGACUUCCUUAUCCAGCUCCAGCAUUAAAUCAGGAUCCAGUUCUUCCAGCAUCCCAGAGUCUCAGUCCAAUCACUCCAAUCAGUCUGAUAGUGGAGUGUCUGAUACCCAGCCGGCAGGACACGUCCGUUCCCAGAGCAUCGUGAGCUCCAUCUUCUCCGAGGCCUGGAAGCGAGGCACGCAGCUGGAAGAGUCUAGCAAGGCCAGAAUGGAGUCUGUGAAUCGAGCCUACACUUCUCUCAUGCCCCCUUUGUCCCCGCAGCCUAAGCCGCUCACCCCCUGCUCUGCCUCACAGCCCUCGCCGCCCCUGCCGCCGCCGCCCCCGCCCCCGCCGCCGCCGCCACCCCCGCCCCCGCCCCCGCCCCCGCCCCUGCCCAGCCAGUCGGCCCCUUCUGCGGGCUCGGCAGCCGCGAUGUUUGUCAAGUACAGCACGAUAACCAGGCUGCAGAACGCCUCUCAGCAUGCGGGAGCCCUGUUUAAGCCUCCCCCGCCAGCAGGGAUGCAGCCUCCCUCCUCGACCUCACAGGCAGGGAAGCCUCAGAUCCUGGUGCCGCCCGGCGGAGCCGUUCCCCCGCCGCCGCCCCCGCCGCCUCCCCCCACCCCCGGCUCGGCUAUGGCGCAGCUGAAGCCCGCCCCCUGCGCCCAGGCCCUGCCGCAGUUCAGCCCGCCCCCGCCCCCGCCCCCGCUGAAGAUUCAUCACGUGCAGCACGGCGCUCCAGCAGCCCCUCCGGCGCCGCCCCCACCUCUUCCCAUCCCUGCACCCCUCCCUCCCCAGGCCCCCCCCAAACCCCCUGUGACCGUGCCGCCCGCCGUGCCACAGGCUCUGUCACCUACACCUACUCCUCCCGUCCCCCCAGUGAAAAAGCAGCCGGCGCUUCCUGUGUCUCUCGUUCCACCCUCUCCCCCUGCUCCUCCUGGCCCGGUCCCCCCGCCCACGCUACCCAAGCAGCAGAGCUUCUGCGUGAGGCCCCCUCCCUCUCCGCUGUCUCCGGCGCCCUCCAUGGUGAAGCAGAUAGCCAGCCAGUUCCCCCCGCCUCCAGCCGUCCCCCCCGCGGAGGCGGCGCCCUUGAAGCCCGCCUCAGCCGCAGCAAACGUCGCCCCUCAGUCCCCGCCUGCUGUGAAAGCAAAGCCCAAGUGGCAGCCCGGCUCUACCCCUGUCCCUCCUCCGGACUUCCCUCCUCCUCCCCCCGAGAGCAGCCUGGUGUUUCCUCCACCUCCGCCUCCGCCUCCGCCUCCGCCAGCCGCACCCACUGCUGCUCCUGCCCCUGCCCCUGACAAAAGAGGAUCUCCGGGCAAAAAGACCAGUAAGACGUCCAGUCCGGGGGUAAAGAAACCUCCCCCGACCCCGCAGCGCAAUUCCAGCAUUAAGUCCGGCAGCUGUGCAGAGCACCCUGAGCCCAAGAGACCCUCAGUAGACAGUCUAGUCAGCAAGUUCGCAGCGCCGGAACCCUCGGCAUCUCCCGGCAAGGAGACGCCGCCACCUCCCGCAGCGCCCCCCAAACCUGGAAAACUCAGUCUUCCCGGAGUUCUCCAGCAAGGGGGCGUGUCGGCAAAAGCAUCUGUUCUGAGUGGGCGCGGCAAGGACUCCGUGGUAGAAUUCCCUUCUCCUCCGUCCGAUUCUGACUUUCCACCCCCUCCGCCGGAAAUAGAGCUUCCUCUGCCCCCCGUAGACAUUCCAGCAGUGUUCUCGGGAAGCACGUCUCCAAAAGUGGCAGUGGUUAAUCCGCAGCCACAGUCGUGGGCCAAGACGUCGGUCAGGAAGGCCCCUCCGCCCACGCGGCCCAGACGGAACGACAGCACCCGCCUCACGCAAGCCGAGACCUCCGAGCAGCCGCCAAUGGCCACAGUCGUGCCACAAGUGCCCACCUCUCCUAAGUCCAGCCUUACUGUCCAGCCUGGAUUCCUGGCUGACCUCAACAGGACACUGCAGCGGAAGUCCAUCACGCGGCAUGGCUCGCUCUCCUCCUCGCGCGUGUCCAGAGCGGAACCCACGGCCACCAUGGAUGAUAUGGCAUUGCCCCCGCCACCCCCCGAGCUGCUCUCUGAGCAACAGAAAGCCCGGUAUGGAGGCAGUCAUAUAUCAGGCUAUGCAACGUUGCGGAGAGGGCCGCCUCCCGCUCCCCCCAAAAGAGACCAGAAUACCAAGCUCUCAAGAGAUUGGUAGCUACCGUAGGACUUCAUUUCCGUGGGAUCUGUAAUCCGUUCUACAGUCCGCUCACCUGAUCAUCUACGAAUUCAGGCGUUCAGAGCCUCUUGGUAUGAUGUUGCUGUUGUUAUUCAGGUAGUGUUCAGCUAUAUAUGUGUGUGUACGUGUGCAGGUACACACAUAGCUAUACAUAGGUAGUGUGUGUAUGUAUAUAUAUGUAUACAUAUAUGUAUAUGUAUAUAUAUAGCUGAAAGUGAUUCUAUUUAUUCUUUUUCUCUCCUAAUCUGAAAAUGGGCUUUGUGUAUUUUGGGUGGCAGCGGCAUGGAAGGGGAUGUGUGUCCUGCCUGUCCCUUAUGAUUUCUAUUAUCUAUCAUGUGGAUUGGACCAAAAACUUCUGACUUAAUUAGAAGGUAUUUUAUAAAUGUCCACGCGCGGCCUAUCUGUGCAUGUUGUAUAUUAUAUAUUAAGGAUAGAUGUAUAAUGUGCUGCUUCUCAGUUUGAGAAGACAACCAGAAUGUUUGGUGUAUCUGUGGGGCUUUUGUGUUUGUUUUUUCCCCAGUUGGCUGAAGUUAGAACUGCUUGACUGACAUUUCAUUACUAUACAUAAAGGGGCACUUUAAUCAGGAAAACCUCUCAGCUUCAUAGAACGGGUAAUAGUGCAGUGUGGGGAAAUUUUCAGACACUUAUCUGUACAUGGUCGGUCGUGCAUAGAAAAAAGUAAAUACAUGGUGUAACUAAACCAUUCUAGUUGCAAAACUGUUGCCAUGAUCCCACAGGAAUCUAGGAUGUGUUCUGUCACAGGUAAGCUCUUCGCCUGUAAUACAUGGAUAACUUAGUACUAUAAUCCUGCAUAGUUCUUUUUGUACUGUUGGGAUCCUUUUCAUGAGCUUGUGAAGCUUCAAGUUUGGCUUCAUGAUUCUUGCUUUGAUUUAUUGUAAGAGGAUAUCCAACACGAUACCCUUGGAAUGCUCUGUCCCAGUGUGUCUUUCGGUCACCAGUUACCUCCUUAUAGUGUGUGCUGUAGGUAGAUGCCGAUACUAGGUAUCUGUAGACAAUUGCUAUAUCAGGUAUACUCAAUCCUUUGUCCAGUCCAAUAUGUUGCAUCAUGAUGAAAAACAAAAUCACCUUCUGAAAUGCGUCUUUUUUGGAUAUUGCUCUCUAGAAGGAUGGAUGAUUAGAAAAGAGAACAAAACUGGCCCCAGUGCAGCUGUCAUUAAUCAGGUUUUUUGUGGCUAGUAAUGUGAAAUACAAAGAAUUCAUUUAAGUGUAGGGCUAUCAUAGAGGGAGGGGGAAAAUGAGUUUUUUGACAGUUUCACCCAUAGCAACUGGAGCACACUAGGGUCCUUGCUUGUUGUAGCCUGGUUGUAGAGCUUUGUCCAGGUUACCAGGUGUUCUGAUGGGAGUUGUAUGGUCCAAGUACAGUAAGUGACAUUACAUAUUAUGCAUAUGCAGUUUGGUAUAACAUGGAAUCAUUGCUCUAAGGACACACUAUAAUUUCUGUAUGCUUCACACUAUACUUCUAGAUGCUUUUUUUUCCCUGUGAAUUUUCCUCGGUAUAUGAGAGAAAUGUGUAUUGGGUCAUCAAUUUGUGAUGAUAAAUUGACCAUCAGGUCAAUCUCAGAGCUGCUCUUAAACCAGAGAAUAAAAACUAGCCUCCCCAGCAGUGAUAAAUGAGCACGCCUUGUAAUGAGAGUCUGUGCCUGUUAUGAAUAGGGAUCACCAGUGCAAACUGCAAAACUCUCUGACACUAUCCCAUAAGGAAAAAGCGAUGCCAGUACAGUGGGGCAGAGAUAGUAAAUAAUUCAAGAAUAAGCAGAGUUGUGCUAUGGAAACAGGAUUUCCCUGUAACCCAUUCUCCAACAAAGUACUUCAUCAUAGAGAGUAAGAGGCACCCCCCAACUGUCACAGAUGUCACAGUAUACUCGUGUGUUUAUAGAGCAAUAAGAAUAUAUACCAUUGUGCAUUUGUUACAGCCCUGCUUCUUUAAAAGAUACUUUUUAGAUCUUUUCAGUUCACAAAGUUUUGUGUGCUUGAUAUUGUUAUGUUUAUGAAGUCACCUUUAACACAUCUGCGUUAAUUUAAGCAUGCACAGCAAUUUGAAAAGCAUUUGAGUAAGACUGCCAAGCUCUACUGUGACUCAUGAGUGAAGUGAUUUCCCAUUGUCUUGUGCCUGCAGCUUUAUAUUCUAAGGAUCGCCCUUAUUUGUGGGAUAAAGAGUUUCUAAGAAUAGGAAUCCAAUGAUACAAAUAUUCAUCACUAGGGUUUUUUGUGGUGGUGGUGGUCUUUUUUUAUAUGAAGGUGGGCAACUUCAGCUCUCCUUGAGGGAAAAAAAUCAUGUGCCCUCAGUAUUCAUUCCCUCCCCAUUUGAGCCCUAAGAUCCAGCCUUUUUUUUCAGUGGGGAAUUUCCCGGGCCUUCUUGCUUGUGUCAGUCCGGAUGGUAGCCAUCCUGAACUGAUGCUUCUGAUGUAUCGUUUUUCUGAAAGAGCAGACAUCCUUUAGAACACUAGGGACACCAAGGAAAACAAGGCCAGAGGAGGAGCUGUAUCAUUUUUACCCCAGUCAGUGGCUUGUUGACUAUUUGACAACAGGCUGUUUCCCUUUGUAUUUCUCCAAAGACAGAAAAGGCUAUUUAAUCAACAUUUUUUUCUGUGUGUGUGAAACAACUGAAUCAAAAAAAAAAAACCAAAAUGAUACUUUAGAUACACUUCUAGUGUUUUACUCCCUAGUGGUUUGUUUUUUUUUUUUGAAUUUGGAUAUUUGUUAGGAUGUGGUUUCGUCGGGGUUCGGGGCUUCAGAGAUUACUGUUAUUUUUGUACUGUUCUUCUUCCCUGGUGUGUUCAAGGAAAAAACGUACUGCCAGAUGACACUAGUGCUGUGCCUUCUUUCACUGCCUCCUGCUCAGCAGCUCUAACUCAGUAAAGCUUCUUCAGGUCAAGGAAGAAGAUCUUGGCAGCUGUCUUGGCUGUACCGAAAGAUGAACAGCGUAGAUGAACUCAUCCUGCUGUGGAGGGCAGUGCAGACAGGUGCCCAUUAGAGCUAGUGACUAGAUUAAUUAGUGACACCCUUAACUUCUACCACGUUAUUUCAAAAUUGGAUCCAACCUAUGCUUAAAGUUUUGGCACCAACUCUGAAGGGUAGCAAAGCCUGUUCUGGUUAGAUUAUUCUGUACUGAAGCUUUUACUACUCAAAUGCAUUUUUUUUUUUCCUUAGCUGCUACAGAAUUAUACUCUUGGAAGAAGUAACUAACUACUACUGUAAAGGUUUACAGGUACCCACUUAACUGUAAAUUGGAUUUUUUUAAAUUUCUGGAGCUUUUUCAGAUGAUAAGACUGCUGACUUCAGAAAAGUUAUAGGAAACAAUUUUCAUCAGAACGCCUCACAGAAAUGUAGACAUGCUAACAUUUCACAGUCCUCUGACAUCAAGGUGCUCCUGCCCACUGAUGGCAUAUCCUGCUAAGGAAGGGCUGUGAACUCUCUUGGAAGUCCCCUCUCUAUGUAAGUAAGUUUACUUGCCACUGAAAGCAGUCCUGAGUUUAUCAAGAAAGUUAAUCUGAUCUAAACAAAAUUGGGGGAUCAUGAAGAAUAAUUCCAAUAGAGUAACAACUCUGAGGUCAAGGUUAUUAAUAGCUGUGCAUCCAAUUAGAGUUUCAUUAAGCUGCUAUUCUGGGAGAAUACAACUGCUAAUAAGUUCAUGUCAAGGAUGUAAGGCUACGAUUAGCCUGAAAAAAACUUCAGGUAAUGGUAGGAUUGGUUGGAUUUGACUAUCAGGCCACCAACAGAACCCUUUGUCACCUUUUUUCCCUCAGCUAAAAGCAGUUUUAUGUUAAAAACACAAGGUGAUUUUAAACAAGCAAACUAACCUUUUCCUUGUUUUAUAUAUUACCAAAUUUUUUAUACAGUUUUCACAUAGUUAUAACUUAUCUCACAGAUUUAAGUUCAGACCAAUUAAAACUGUAUGACCCUGUGUGAUUGAUUAUAGGUGUAAUGACUUGCUUUCAAUAACAUAGGCUUCAUAAUUUGGAUUUAUACACUUGAUAAGAGGACGUCUCUUUCUAAAAAAAUCACUUUAGGUUGCAAGUACCUUUUGCCACUUGGAAUUUUGUUUUAUACACUUUACGUCAUUGCAUAAAGCAAGUUAUUCCUAACCCUACAGGAAUAUGUGACCACUCACAAAGUUGAGAUUUGAUCCAUGGAGAGAUGCAAGUAGUGCAGAAUUAAGUAUCCCAAUAUCUUUUAAGAUUUAUUUUCAUUUAAAAAUUGAAGAUCAUUGUUAACCCCUUUACCAGACUCCCUCAAACUAAACAAGUGCUCGGUUCUUAAUUGUGCCCUUGGAAGAUCUAUAUGUAAAAGAAAUCUGAAAUUUAGCUGUAGUAUAAACUUGCUAAGUAAAAAUAAGCUAAACACAAUAUACUUGAUAAACACUCGAAGGAAAUAAUCUCCAGUUGGUUUGCUCUUUGCUUGUUGAAGUAAUAAACCAUUUAGAAGAGGAAACAUCUGCUAUAACCCUCAGUGCCUUGAACUCUUUUGGAGGAUUAGCAUUAAAAAAAAAAAAAAAUCCAACAGGCAAACUUUGAGGUGCUAAUGAAAGAGAAGGAAGGUGUUUGUUUGUUUCUAGUUUGUGCAGAAACAGGAAAAGUGGUCUCACAAGAGAUGGGCUUCAUCUACCUAAACGGGGUCUGGCUGCUUUCUACCAAAGACAUUUAGAGAAGUGAGUCGAGUCAGGGUGAUGGUGAAUACUACAUAUUUAAAAGAAGAUGGCCAAGUUCAGAAGUGAAUGUUGAUCAUGGAUGGCUGUUAAUACCAAGCUCAUCAUCUAAGCCUCAACCUCUUCUUAGGCAGAACAUGCUUGUGGCACUUCUUAAAAAAAAAAUCUGCAUUUUGGAAACUGUCCAUUGUUAAGUUUAUUGUAACCUAAUACCAAAAACUGCCAUUUUUCAUGAUUACCACCUCCUAUAUUUUUCUCUCUACUUGUAAAUAAUUCCUCCUAGAAAAUAAGCAUUAACUGGAAUGUUUCAAAUGAUUUUGCUUAAUUUUAUUAUCAGCCAGUAGUGAACUCCUUUUAUAGAAAUGUACAUUUAAAAUAUUAGCUUGUGCUAAAUGUCAUAAAUACAUUGUUUACUGUUUUAAAGAAAAAUUGCACAUUAUAUUUAACUGGGAUUGCUCCCAGUUGCUGACAUCUAAGCUGUGGGAGCUUUGCCAUAAAUAGAUACAAUGUAGGAAUAUACCUUAUUAAAGCAUGAAAAAGGCAAAAGGAACUGCAUUAAAAGUACUGGAUAGAAGACGUUAUUCAGAUGAUUAUGCACAGCUCAGUAAAGAUGAAGUUAGUUUUUCUUUCAGCUUUGUAGCUAUUAUUUUCUUCUGCUUAAAUGUACGCUCUCAUUUAAUUAUGUGCCUUGCUCCCUGAUUGUGCAAACCUAUAUAUAUAUAGAUAUAUAUAAGAGAUAUAUUCAGUACUACUGACCAUGUUUUUGUUCUACUGCUGGAUUAAGUUAUUUUCCAAGUUACUCUUGCCAGUUACUGUCAGUAAACUAUUGUAAUGGCUUAGGACAGUAGUCAUACAGUCAGUGUAAUUUUUCAGCUACGUGUUUUCCUUAUGUCAGCUUAUCCAAUCCUUAAUAAAAAUACAUAGAUUUCAUUUAAACGUCAGAACUGUACUUGACUGUCUGUUUGUGGAUCGGCACCACUAAGAACCUGGUUUUGCUGUUUACGUCAAGGUACCCAAAACAGAGAGGCUGCAACACGCACGUAAAGUGUGAAGGUAAACACACUGUCACUUGAUGUGUUCAACUGUUUAGCCUUUAAGAAAAUAACUUCUAAGAUUUUUUUUCUUUAAACAAACAAAAUACAACUAGGUACAAACUAGUACAAAAAGAGGUGCUUUUUGUUUCAAAGCCUUGUUACCACAAUCAAUCAUGUCUUGGACUGCCAUGUCAAGGUAUGUAUAAAUGUGGAUUCGAAUGUAUUUACAAAUCAUGUUAUCAAUCAUUUACCAAACUGGGCAAAAAGAACAGAAGGUCUCCUUUUUUAUAUUAAAAGAAAAGAACUGUA